AAUUUUUUAAUCAUAUGUGACAGAAGAUAAGUCGAAAUAUAUUAGUUGCUCCUGAUAGGUUGCAAAUUACAUUUCAAAUAGCAAAGACGUUCUUAUGUGUAAUCACGUUGCUUGUAAUCAUUCUUAUUAAGGUUCAACGAUAGCCAUUACUAUUUCCUAUUACCGUAAUAGCGGGGUUUCUAAGCUGUUGGACUAUUAAUAGCAUUUGGCAGAGAAAGUAAGUAUACUUAGUUUUGCGCUUAAGAAGUUUGUGAUUCUCGAAUGGUUUCCUCAUCUUCGAGUGCAUCUGAUUCAACUUUCGCGCUUGUUACCGAUUUUCGAAAUUGGACCAAACGAUAAACGAAUACGGGUCACGGUAAACGAAAUCUAACUGUGUCAAUUGUAUUUUGAUAAUUUAACUGCGUUUAAUUUCCCAAACAAAAGAAAAUAUAUGUCCAUACAGCAUAUUUUUUUUAUCAAGAUUCGCUGGUAAAAAAAAAAAAAAAAGAAAAGUCUCGAUAAAUGAAUCAUAAAACGUGGAUGUCGAGUGAAAUAAAACGCAUUUUACGCAUGUUCGUUCAUUGGUAUUCCGCGCGAAAUACGCGCUUGAAAAUAUAUGAAUAAAUAGCUUCUAUAAUAAGAUAUUCAAAGGAAGGAAAGGAUGUGUCUGGAAAUCUCCUGUGAAUGAAUUACUUUUUGUUUCGUUUAGAAUUAGAGAUAUGAGAUGAAUGUUAUUUUUUCGAAAAUGUUUAAUGAUUAAAUUCGUAUCACAAUAAUGUCCAAUAGUCUUAAUAUUGACAAUAAGAACAUCCAGCAGAUUAGAAGCAAUAUAAGCCUCUCAUUAAAAAUGCAACGAGGUUUUAAGAAGAUGAAGAAAAGCAUCCAAAAGAUAACUGAAACUUCGACGAGUGUUCAACCUCACUGCGUUUUCGUAGAGAACAUGCAAGACGAUGAAAAACAACCGCUGUACAUACUUCCAGAGCGACUCUCUUCUUUAAUGUAUCAAACGGGAUUUUCAAAGGAUGAGAUACGAAGACUAUAUCGCGCCUUCAAACAAUAUUGUCCGAGAGGGGCCAUAACCACGAAUGAUUUAAAACCAGCUUAUGCAAAAUUAUUUCCAUUAGGAGACUCGGGGAAAUACGCGCAAAUCGUCUUUAACGCUUUUGAUAAAGAUAGGAAUGGCAUCAUCAGCUUCGGGGAUCUGCUUAAUGAAAUUGCUUUAAUUAUUAACGGCGACAUAGAUCAAAAGCUCUCCUGGAUUUUUAGAUUUUACGACUUAAACGGAGACGGUUAUAUCACAAGAAAAGAAAUGCUGGUCGUAAUAUCCGCAAUUUAUGAAAUGCUACAUAACGGACAGAUUAUUCAACGGAUAGUCAACAGACACGUAGAUAAAGUUUUCGAGAAGAUGGAUAUUGACAAGGAUGGAGUUAUAUCUCAAGAAGAAUUUAUGAAUAGCUGUAAAAAUGACAGUAUAAUUCAAAAACAGUUGGCAGUAUUUAAUCAAUUUUGGUGAUGAAUUACUUGUAUACAUUAUAUAUACGCCGAUAUGUAUACAUUAAGACUUCGAAAUUGCACCAUUUUUGAGAAAAGAAGUAGCUUGGAAAUUUUUCUAGUUUAUAAAUAUUCUUAUUUCCAUAAUAAAAUAGUAUAAUUACAAAA